AUGGCAUCAUCACGAGCACUUCAGUCUCCCCAAGCUGCAUCUGCAGGCGAUCUACGCGGUGAAGAAUGGUGUCGCAUCCUAAUACCGGUCCCCAAUCACGACGAAUUCUUCACAAUUGAAGAACUAAACACCCGCCAUACCCACGAUGUCCUCACUCAUUGUCAGGAGCUCUUUGAGACGUACCAAGAUACAGGAGAUUCAUCAUGGCUGGAAAAGCGCCGCCUAACACUCCAACAAUGGCUGGUUCGAUUUGACGCGAUGAGGGUACAUCAAGAACAGUGCAAGAACGCUGUCCAAACGGCUUUGGAGCUAUCAAAGACAGAUGAUCCGGACCAUACUUAUGCAUCGCCUAGAGCUCCUUGUCAGUCAGCAAUUGAGAAACCUGCAACUCCUCCCCUCUUCCACAGUAGAACCACGCGACGAAGACUGCAACAAGUUGGCUCGACUCCAAUCGAAGAAGAGAGAGGCUCAUUAACGCCUCAGAACUACUUGGAACAGAAGAUUGAGGCUACUUGGGAUAGAUAUAACUGGAACCUCCAGUUCAACCUCACGUAUAACGGCUUUGGUGCCGACCCUCCUGACUGGUACUUUGCGCGAAAAGAAAACAGACAGUGGGUUGGGAGCGGCUUGCGAUGGGAAUGCGAUGGAGUAAAGGAAGAUGAUCGGGCCGUGUUCAGCGGCAACCGCCGGGACGAACCGCUGCAGCUUAUGGUUAUCGAAGUCGGAUCGAACCGACAGACCUUUGCCUCAGGUCGCAUCCUCUUACGCGACAUCGACUUCGAAGGCAACGAGGAGAUUCGAAGCCCCUUGUCAGGCGAAAUCGUUGAUCUGCAAGAUACCAGUUCUAACGAUUUGAUCUUCCCGGUUGAGGAAAGAACCUUGCGGGAUAUUUAUAACCUCCAUGAAGACAUAGAAGCCGAGAUUGAUGCACGCGAUGAAGCGGCUGAAGCAGCGGAAGCAGCGCGUCAGAAUGAUGGGGAAGAUACUCCCACCUAA